UGUCUCCUCGCGGUCACGCGUCCUGCUCCCGCCGCACGGGGGUGCGUCCCGGGCUCUCGCUGCAGCUAGGGCUGCGGGCGGCUCUUCUUGAGGCGCGGGGAGCCUCGGGGCCCAGAGCGGGACCACGUUUUUGUUCCUAGCGCCCAGGCAAUCCGUUACUUAUCACACCAGAGCAGAGCGCUACCGCAGAAAGAAAAGCCGGUCGCCCUGCUCAUAUUUGCCGCCCCCUUUUCCCUGUCCCCUUCCCUUCUUUCCUGGAAGAAAGGAACAGGAGUGAAGUUGUUUUUUUCUCGGUUCAGGGUAGUGAAGUUAUGGGGCUGCUUCAGGCCGGGUAAAGUCCCCGCCGCUUCCUCUUUCGGGUCUGUUAGUAGACCAGACCCAUACUGUGCAGACUUUCUCACGGGGCUGCAAAUAACUCUCUGCCACUUCACCCCUAACCCCACCCUCAACCGCCUCCCUGUGACUUCGCCAUUCUGGCUGCCAGGUGAAGACUCAAGGAGUUCCAGGGCUGGACUCCCCAUCCAAAACGCUGUUUCUCUUUAAAAAAAAGAAAAAAGCCGCCGACCAGGAAGGAGGAAAUACCUGUUCUCAGCCCAGGUGGAGGAAGGAGGGGAAAUUCAUCUGGCAGGAGGAAGCGGAGGAAAGAAAGCGGCAAGCCCAGCCCUGAUGGCUGACGGAGAGCCUGGCCCAAAAAGAAAGCUCCGACCAUGGCCAUGGGGCUCUUCCGCGUGUGUCUGGUGGUGGUGACGGCCAUCAUCAACCACCCACUGCUGUUCCCGCGGGAGAACGCCACGGUCCCCGAGAAUGAGGAGGAGAUCAUCCGCAAGAUGCAGGCACACCAGGAGAAGCUGCAGCUGGAGCAGCUGCGCCUGGAGGAGGAAGUGGCGCGGCUGGCAGCUGAGAAGGAAGCGCUGAAGCAGGAGGCAGAGGAGGGCAGGCAGCAGAAUGAAACACGCGUGGCCUGGGACCUCUGGAGCACCCUCUGCAUGAUCCUCUUCCUGAUGAUCGAGGUGUGGCGGCAGGACCACCAGGAGGGGCCCUCCCCUGAGUGCCUGGGCGGUGAGGAGGAUGAGCUGCCUGGGCUGGGGGGCGCCCCCUUGCAGGGCCUCACCCUGCCCAACAAGGCCACGCUUGGCCACUUUUAUGAGCACUGCAUCCGGGGGGCCACAGCCGACGCUGCCCGUACGCGGGAGUUCCUGGAAGGCUUCGUGGAUGACUUGCUGGAAGCCCUGAGGAGCCUCUGCAAUCGCGACACUGACAUGGAGGUGGAGGACUUCAUUGGCGUGGACAGCAUGUACGAGAACUGGCAGGUGGACAGGCCGCUUCUGUGCCACCUUUUUGUGCCCUUCACACCCCCCGAGCCCUACCGCUUCCACCCAGAGCUCUGGUGCUCCAGCCGCUCAGUGCCCCUGGAUCGCCAGGGCUACGGCCAGAUCAAGGUGGUCCGUGCCGACGGGGACACCCUGAGCUGCAUCUGCGGCAAGACCAAGCUCGGGGAAGAUAUGCUGUGUCUCCUGCACGGCAGGAACAGCACGGUGCCCCCCUACGGCGACAUGGAGAACCUGCUGUGUGCCGCGGAUUCCGUGUACCUGGACACGAUGCAGGUCAUGAAGUGGUUCCAGACGGCCCUCACCAGAGCCUGGCACGGCAUCGCCCACAAGUACGAGUUUGACCUGGCCUUUGGCCAGCUGGACAGCCCGGGCUCCCUGAAGAUCAGGUUCCGCUCAGGGAAGUUCAUGCCCUUCAACCUGAUUCCUGUGAUCCAGUGUGAUGACUCGGACCUGUACUUUGUCUCCCACCUUCCCAGGGAGCCGUCCGAGGGCACCCCGGCCUCCAGCACAGACUGGCUCCUGUCCUUUGCUGUCUACGAGCGCCGCUUCCUCAGGAUGACGCUGAAGGCGCUGCCCGACGGCGCCUGCCACCUCAGCUGCCUGCAGAUCGCCUCCUUCCUGCUCUCCAAACAGAGCCGCCUGACCGGCCCCAGUGGGCUCAGCAGCUACCACCUGAAGACCGCCCUGCUGCACCUCCUGCUCCGCCGGCGGGCUGCCGACUGGAAGGCGGGGCAGCUGGACGCUCGUCUGCAUGAGUUGCUCUGCUUCCUGGAGAAGAGCUUGCUGGAGAAGAAGCUCCACCACUUUUUCAUCGGCAACCGCAAGGUGCCCGAUGCCAUGGGCCUCCCGGAGGCCGUGCUCAGGGCAGAGCCCCUCAACCUCUUCCGGCCCUUCGUCCUGCAGCGAAGUCUCUACCGUAAGACACUGGACUCCUUCUAUGAGAUGCUCAAGAAUGCCCCAGCGCUCAUUAGUGAGUAUUCCCUACAUGUCCACUCGGACCACGCCAGCCUGCCCCAAAAAGCCAACGUCCUGUAGAGCAUGUGGGAACCUGGAAGCUAGGACGAGGGCAUUCGUCACAGUCACACUCCUGGUGGCAUCUGCCAGCGCUGUCCUGGGGACAAGGCGGGCUUUUGUGGGAGCCGUGCUCAGCCUGCCAGGAAGCCAGGCCCUGCAGGGCAGAGGAAACAGAAUUUCAACAGGAAGCUGGUACCAUUGGGAUCUGUUGGUAAUGCUGUCAUUUGGGUUUAGUUUACUAAACUAAACCUGCAGUUUACUUCUGGAUCAUGAAUGGCCAAGAUGGUGGCAGAACAUGCAGUGGACCGUGAGUUGGAAACAAUGCAGAUGUUGGAUUGGGUGUAAUUCUUUUUGCAUCCCAGAUCCAGUCUGUACUUGUUCUUCAUCAGCAGAGGAUCCAUGAGAAGGAUAAUGGGGAACCAUGUUAAGACCCAGCACCGCUAUUCCCAGCCCUUGGCCUGACCGUCUGCAGCCAAAGCACUAUCAGGGACAGAUGUGGGAAUGUCCAUCUUGGCUCCACAACCUGCACAACAGCAGUCCCACCAUGGCUGCCACUUUUUUAUACUAUUUGGAGAAUAUACCUUGUAUAGAUUUGGGUCCCAAGUGACCAACAUCUCUGUCACAUGGAAAUGGGUACUUGGUGGCAUAGAGAAACACAGCCACUUUUUCAGCUAUACUCCUCUCUCAGGUGCACCCCCUUCUGCUGUCCUUCCCCAAUGUACCGGGUCCUGAGCGUGGUGGGUGUCAUUUGCCAUGCUGGAUGCCAGCUCAGUGGCCCCACACCUCUCUUGAUUCUCUCCAAAGCUGGUCUCUCUAUCAGUGAGGCAGGGGAGGACAGAUGCUGAAGGUGGAAGUUCACCUGGAGAAGGAGACACACAGGGUGACUGGGGCAGAGGACAGCUGGAAAAGAAGCUCUGUCACUUCUUCAUUCGCAUCCGUAAGGCGCCCAAGGCCAUGGCACUCCCAGAGGGUGUGUGCAGGGUUAAACCUCUCUGGGUCUUCUGGCCCUGCGUCUUGCAGUGAAGUUUCUACUGUAAGACAGUGGACUCCUGUGAGGUGCUCAAGAAUGCUACUCGUGUGGUGGGGUCUGGCUUGCGGCCCGGCCCAGUUCAGAGACAGUUGCAGAGAUCAGGAGCCAGGAUGUCAUAACCCUGGGUUGUCCUCAGGGUCCCAAUCCUAGGGCAGGGUGUGUGGAAGCAAGAGCUACUGUGGAAACCCAGCUCCAGUCUGCAGCCUCUGAGCCCCUAGUUCCUCACUCCAGCGGGGCUCCCUCACUGCAAAGAACCCACCCCUCCUGUGUGGGCACGCCUGACCACACAGAUGACCCAGACCCAGAGAGCCGGGCAGAGGCUCUGUGGUUGGAGCUGGGCUCCAUCUCCAGGUCCGUGGUUCAGGCGGAUCAGGAAGCCUCUUCCCCACCUGUGGCUUCACUGGCCCUUUGAGAUUUCCUAUUUCACCAUCACUUCAGUUACCCUUGCAGAGGGCCAGGGAGUUGAGAAUGUACCUGUGCUCUCCCUCCAGGGUUUAAGCCGGCCAUGCCUUCCAGAGAGCAUAACCAACUUGACGGGGGUGCCCAACGAUCCUUCCCCAGUCCCCAGGAGUGCUCUCAACCAACCUCAGAAAGCUCGAGAAGAGGGACCCUUUGUCCACCAGGGUGAAUUCCUGGUGGAGCAGCUCAGCUGUGACCAGGGAAAACCAAACCUGUAGGAAGCCUUCCAGUGUGAGCUGGAGUUAGACUGAACAUGCACUUGGGCCUGCCUCUCCCUAGACCCAGCUGCGGGGCACACCAGGAAAGGAACCAGCUCAAGUGUGUCCCUAACAGCAGCCCAGACUACCCCCAACCCCUCACAGCCCGACCUUCCUCAUUCCAUCAGAUGUAUCUGCAGAAUCGGGGCAAAUUUCCUUAUUUAUUUAUGGCUCUUGCCUUUCCCCCUCUUCAUCCUGAUCCCGUUUUGCUUUGAAGAGACCCCAAUAACUGGAAAACAGCCUUCAGAAGCCAAAACCGUGCCUGGGUCUCCCACAGCUUCUCCUUUGCUUCCAGGAGAAAGUUCAUGGAAAAAAUACCUUCUGGCUUCUUAUUUAUACAGAGACAACAGAACUUGGUGGGGAAACGGGAAUCUUUUCUGUACCAAAGCUGUUUCUAAAGCAGAAAACAGUGGGACUCUUGGUAUUUCAUGCUGCCUUAUUUAUGUUAAAGGAAGAAUUAAAUCUUGCAAGGAGU